AUGUGCACAAAUCGCAACAGCAGCGCCAAAUCGAUAGAUUUGAAUAUGAGUUUUACUAGCAGUGUAAGUUCUACUAGCUCUGCUCUUGGCGUGGACUAUGGAAAUGCUGCUGUAAGUGACGAUGUGCUUUCGCUAGCUUUGAAUCAAAAUCAACAACUUUUCCGCUCACAGAAUCCCGGACUCGCUGCCACAAAUGCUGCGGCCGCCGCCGCUGCUGCAGCAGCUGCCACAUCGGCUGCGCCACCUGGCGCUCCGAAUGGCACAAUGCAGCCACAACAGAUGGCACAAAUGGCCGCCUCACAGCAAUUCUUGGCCGCACAACAGAAUGCCGCAUACGCAGCGCAACAGGCAGCACCCUACGUCAUCAAUCCAGGACAGGACGCAGCACCCUAUAUGGGUCUAAUUGCAGCACAAAUGCCACAGUAUUAUGGUGUGCAAUGGGGCAUGUACCCCAGCAAUCUGAUACCACAACAGGGCACACAACCGCGGCGGCCGUUGACGCCAUCGCAGCAGGGCGCUGAGAAUCAAUCGUAUCAGGUCAUACCGGCAUUUUUCGAUCAAAGCGGCUCACUGGUGAUGGGACCACGCACAGGUACACCAAUGCGCCUUGUAAGCCCAGCACCGGUGUUGGUACCGCCAGGAGCCACACGUGCUGGCCCACCGCCGCCACAGGGUCCACCACAACUAUAUCCGCCGCAGCCACAGACGGCUCAGCAGAAUUUAUACUCACAACAGAAUGGUUCAAGUGUUGGAGGACUCGCCUUGAACACCAAUUCGCUAACCGGUCGUCGCGACUCGUUCGAUCGGAACACAUCCGCCUUUAGCCCCUCGGCCGUGGAUUACAAUAAUAGCAGCACUUCUACACUGCAAGCUGCUGCAGCUGCCGCAGCCGCUGCUGCUGCUGCCGCGCGCGGCAAAUGGCCCGGUGCUGUGACUAGCAGCUAUGGUGCACUAGGCGCCACUGCCUCGGCUAGUCCGAUUGGCACAGCCAUCACCCCGCCGCCACAAUCGUGUCUCGUCUCUAAUCGUGCACCAGGCGCUGAAACCAAAUAUCGUCAACAAAUGGCUGUCGGCGCUGUUGGUCUACCGCCCGCUGCGGCUGCAGCACAAGCGGCACAGGCAGCUGCUGCUGCUGCCGCUGCUAACAACAUGUUCGGUUCAAGUAGUUCGCUGUUCUCGAAACUGGCUAUUCCGGGCAAUGCAGCCGCUGCUGCAGCUGCUGCUGCCGCCGCUGCCUCAACACGUCAUGCCGCAGCCACUGCCGCUGGAUUGAAUGCAUCCGCAGCUGCUGCUGCUGCUGCUGCCGCGGCCGCGGCUGGCGCAACACAACCGGGACGUUCACGCCUUCUAGAGGACUUCCGCAAUCAGCGCUACCCCAAUUUGCAGUUACGCGAUUUGGCCAAUCAUAUUGUGGAAUUUUCGCAGGAUCAGCACGGCUCACGCUUCAUACAGCAGAAAUUGGAACGCGCCACUGCUGCCGAAAAGCAAAUGGUUUUUAACGAGAUUUUGGGUUCAGCCUUUAGCUUGAUGACCGACGUGUUUGGCAACUACGUCAUACAGAAAUUCUUUGAGUUCGGCACACCCGAGCAGAAGAACACACUGGGCAUGCAGGUGAAGGGUCAUGUGCUGCAAUUGGCAUUGCAAAUGUACGGUUGUCGUGUCAUACAAAAGGCGUUGGAGAGUAUUUCAUCAGAGCAGCAACAGGAAAUCGUGCGUGAAUUGGAUGGUAACAUAUUGAAAUGUGUAAAGGACCAGAAUGGCAAUCAUGUGGUGCAAAAGUGCAUCGAACGCGUGGAUCCAUCGGCGCUGCAGUUCGUGAUCAAUGCCUUCAAGGGUCAAGUAUAUACGCUAAGCACACACCCAUAUGGCUGCCGGGUCAUACAACGCAUAUUGGAGCACUGCACCGCUGAGCAAACACAGCCAAUACUGGAUGAAUUGCACGAACAUACCGAGCAGCUGAUACAGGAUCAGUACGGCAACUACGUCAUACAACAUGUGUUGGAGCAUGGCAAGCCCGAAGACAAAUCGAUACUCAUCGCCAGCGUGCGUGGCAAGGUUCUGGUAUUGUCGCAGCAUAAAUUCGCUUCGAAUGUGGUGGAGAAAUGCGUCACACAUGCCACACGCGGCGAACGCACAGCACUCAUCGAUGAAGUGUGCACCUUCAAUGACAACGCCUUGCACGUCAUGAUGAAGGAUCAGUAUGCCAACUAUGUGGUGCAGAAAAUGAUUGACGUUUCCGAGCCGACACAAUUGAAAAAGCUAAUGAACAAGAUACGCCCGCAUAUGGUGGCAUUACGCAAAUACACCUAUGGCAAGCACAUCAAUGCCAAACUGGAGAAAUAUUUCAUGAAGACGGCAAAUCCAAUUACAACAACAGCAUGCACCACACUCGCCUCACCGUCACAAUCGUCGAUUGCGGGUAACACCAGCAUCUCAACCAUAACAACAGGGGCUUGCAGCACAGCGACUGGACUGACCAUGACCACGCCCACCAAUAGCGUGGCCGCCAGUCUAACGGUUGGCACACCUAUAAUGAUCCAAGAGAAUGGCAUUAGUGUCACAGCAGUAGGUCAAACAUCGCCAGCAGUGUCAUCCUGCACCGUAUCGACAAACAGCAGCAGCGCCACCUCAGUGGUAACAGCUGUCAAUAGCGGCCUAGGACCCAUUGGACCACCUACCGCCAAUGGUGUGGUGUUGUAAAGAGGCACUAACAGAGCUAAGCCAAAAUGAAAGCAUACUAAAUGCAUGCAGUACAAGUGAGGAGCUGAAGAAGAAGAGAAGAAGAAAAAUCACACACACACAGAUAGAAUAAAAAUGGAAUGGACACAGUUUUAUUAGUUUAUAUUCAAUAAGUAGCAAGUAUUUACAUGUAUGAAGAGAAUGCGAGCGCUAGGACGGACUUUACUAUAAUUUAAAUGUGUAACUUAGUUUUAAGAUGCUGAAUUUUUGCGGAUUCUAUUUAGGUUUCUAGAUAUUUUCUUAACAAAUUCAUGGGGGGAAAAGGAACUCUUGGGCGUUAUUCGUAAUGAGCAAGAAAAUCUAAUUUACUACAAGAAUCUCGGAAACUGAAAACAAAUGUUGACAGGCAACGCUGGUUCACACACAUUUUAUGCUUUGUAAACUAAUGAAAAACUAAUGAGAAUUAAUGGGAAAAUGAGAAAAUGAGAGAACAAAAAAAAUUGAUGUCAAACGGCACUAAGCUUCAUUUGCGCAUUCGAAUUGGAUGGCGCUCGAUUUUAAGAUAAACGUCAACCAAAGGCAUCAAAAUCGUUAACAAAAAUUGUAAAAAAAUACAACUCGAUUUCAAGUUUUCUAGAAGUUAGCAAAAGAGAAGAAAGCAAAGAUUGCAUACGUUUGAAAAAACACGAAACACACAUUCGAAGCUGCUUACAAAACAAAGAAAAUCAGCAAAAGAAAAAGUUUGUUAAAAAAAUGGUGAACUAGAAAGGAAAACUACGCUUGAAUUGAGAGCAUUCGUUUAAGGCUUUUGUAGCGCAAGCGCGCACCAAUUUUCUAAUAAACAAAAGUCAGCAAAACAGAGAAAAAUUACGUAAAAAGAAAUAAGAAAUCAUGUAAAAAACAUGAAAAGAGAGAAGACAAAAGAAAAAAGAAGAGAACACACACAAAUGAAGCAUAAUGAGAAACAAGCAGCAUCAAGAACACACACAAGCGCACUCAUUCAUCAUAUACAAGAAUUAUUUGUAAAAAACAAAAGCAAAAACAAACAGCAACAAGAAAAUAAGUUUAGUUUUAAGAAAUGUAUCUAUGUAUUUGUAAAAGUAAUUUCUCAGUAGCGUUCACACCGCAUGCUUGCACCCACCCACCCAUACACGCACGCACGCGCACGCACACACCGCUCAUACGCUUUUCCAAACGCUGCUCAUUGGCACAAAAGAGUCAACGUAGUGGCGUUUGUGAUGGCACGGAGGGGAGUGCCGGAGUGGUGGUGUGGUGAUGGUGGAAAAGCUGUGCUAUGCACUUGAACUUCGUGGGCACGAACGCCUUAUAAUUAUAAUUUACUGUUAGUGCUUUUGCUGCUGUUUUAAGUGUAGUUAUUUUAGAAGACUUUGGCAUGCAGUUUAUUUAACAAUGCAAACAACAUUUGAACACACACAAACACACACGCUUAUACAUAUAUAUAUGAAAGACAAGCAAAACACACACACACACUCACACACGCAGCGUUAGCACACAAACACUUGUAUACAGUUAUAUAUAUUUUUUUGCAUUUUUUUAGAGCGCAGCUUGAUUGGCGCAAAAAUGCAAAAAACCAAGAAAACAAAAACAAAGGACUUUUGUAUAUUAUAUUUAAAAAGAGACAAACCAAACUCACAACUAAGGACUUGUUGCGCACAAAUGAGAUUUUUUGUUGGCUGAGGAGUUGGCGGUGCGAAAAAUGUGUCAGAUGGGUGUUUUCGUGAGUAUUUAGAAUGAUGUAUAAAAGUGCAUGUAAAAAUGUUCAUAAAAAUUCAUGUAAAAAUUUCAUAACUCCAAAAACAAAAUCAAUUAUAAAAAUUCAUAUGAAAAAUGGAGACUAAUGGAAACUCGAAAUUCGAAUAGAAGAAAUUGCCAAAAAACGUCAAUAUUAUUGAUGUAAUUUGCAGUAAAUGGUGUAAUAUUUUAUUAAAAAUCGUUGGAUAAGCGGGAGAGUUUGCCAGAUAUAGUAAUUUGGCAAUUUAACAAUGCUAAAAUAUUAUAAAAAAAUUUUGUACUUUUUAUUAAAUGCUGUUUCGGCUUAAAUUACUGACUCACAAUGGCAAAUUUGAAAUUAAAAGCAGUUUUCAUGAAAAGCGUAACUUUAUGCGCACACGGCAUUAAUGAAGCUGGAAAUGUAAGCGCAACUGUAAGCUGCAGAAAAUGCUGUUGCAGGUAUUUAGGCGCAAAUGUGUGUAAUAAAAAAGAUUUCGUUGCUUAUGCGCUGUAGAAAAAACAUUUUUUCAUAAUUCUUAAAAGCUGCUUAUAUUCUUGCUUAGGAUUUCGUACAGCUGCUUGUUGUGGUAGCGAAAAUGCUAUAGCUCAAAAUAUAUAACGGCUAUUCAUUUACCAAGCAACACUUCAAUUGUUUCGCGCAAAAAUUAAUCUAUGUUGAAAAGAAGAAUAGCGCUUCCUUCAAUGCAGCAAAAAGUUAACGCAUUAUAAAAACUAUAUCACAAAUACUGCAAAAUGCAGUCUGUGGCUGGCAUCGAUGCAAAUUCGAUUCGAAAUUUCACUUAAUUCCACGUUCAGAGAGUGAAAAGGAUGCUAAAGAAAAAAUUAGGUUAUUUUAGCGCAUUCUUAGUGCAUUCGAUUGUCAUAUUUUGGCCACAAGAGUUCGCAAAGCAAAAAACGACGUGCAUUCGUCACUCUGAUUUUUGCAGCUGCAGCAAAGCAUUUAUAAACAUUUUUGUUAUUUAUUUUGUUUUUUUGUUAUGCCAUGUUUUAGUGCCAAUUUAUGCAGUUAUGUAGACAAAUAACGUACGCUCGUUAUUUUUAAAUGUUUUCGAACAUCUGCUGCGUACUAAAUAAGAGUUUUUGUUGCCUUCAAAAAGUGAGAUCAGAGUAGAGAAAAAAAAAUAAUUGUAUGUAUUCUUAACUCUUUUUGAUGCGAAUUGGAGGGAAAAAAUAUUUUGUUUACUUAUCCUAAUGUUUUACUCUUUUUAAAUCAAAUUGGGAGAAAAAACAAUUCUUUUUUUUAAAUACUUAUGUGUUCAUAAUUUCUUGAACUUUUACGAGCUGUGGGGGGAGAAAAAAUUUUUAAUAUAUUCUUAAUUUCUUGCUCUUUUUGAUCCAAAUUAGGUAAGACCAGAGUUGGGGUAAACAAUUUUUUUUUAUGCAAAUUGGGACCACAGUUGGUGGUGAACAUUUUUUUUAUGAAUUCUUAAUUUCUUGCUAUUUUUGAUCCCAAUCGGCACCAGAGUUGGGGGGGCAGAAAAAAUGUUAAGCAGGUCUUUUAAUUUUUUGCUCUUCUUGAUACAAAUUGGGACCACAGUUGGUGUGGUAAACAUUUAUUUAUGCAAUCUUAAUUUCUUGGUCUCUUUGCUCCAAAUUGCAGGCCCGAAAUGAUGAGUUAUUAGAAAAAUAUAAAAUUAAAUUUUUUUCAAAGCCAUAAAAAUGUGAGUUGACCGCUUUCUGCUUGCAUGUACAUAAAAAAUGUCUCUUAUUGACUACCAGCAAUUUUUGCUACUAGUAAAAGAAAUUGCAUUUUUUAAAUAAUAAUUUUUUUUUAACAAGUAAAAAAUUUUUAGCGAAAUGUAUCACUGUGCAACCGAAAAUUAUUUUUUGUGAAAAGGAAAAUAACUCUCUAUACGCUUGUCCUCAAAAUUUCUAAGCAAUGAACUAAAAAAAGUAAAGCAAGCAACUUUUUUUUUUUUGUUUUUUGAAUUUAAAUUAAUUUUUCUACUGCGCAACUGAAAAUCAACUUUGAUGAAAAUAAAAAAAAAACACUCUCUGUUAUAUGCUUGUCCUAAGCAGUAAAGUAAAAAAAGUAAAGUAACAGAUUUUUUUAUGAAUUUAAAUAAAUUCUUCCAGUAUUUAUUGUAAAACUCUGAUUAUAGAAAAUUUUCGCUAAAAAAACUUGUCGCACUUUUACACUGAUCUAUAAACGAUUCAGCACUCUAAAUUAUACAUCAAAAAAAAAAAACUCGUUUCCAUAUAGAAAUUUGAAUUGAAAUUAUUUGUAAAAAAAAUGUAAUAUUUUGUAAAAAAAAAUUAUGUAAUAUGAUGUAAAAAAUUUUAGUAAUAUGUAUGUAAAAAAUCAGUAUAAAUAAUUUGUAAAUGCGCCUUUUAGUAUUAACACGCACACAAACACCCACAUACAUACACACACACACACACACACACAAAUUACAACUUGUACAAACUAUAUUUUAAUUUUUGGCUCGUGAAUCCUACGAGCGCCCGCAUUCAAAUCUCACGAAGGAAAAUUUACCCCCCACACACACACAGUCGUAGUAUUCGCAAUUUGACGCUCGCUGUAACAACAAAAAGUCUCUUUGUGCGCGAAAUAUUAACCAUUUGACACUAAAUGAAAGCAAAUGAUGAUGAUAUAAAUAUUGUAAUUUGCAUACGCUCGUAAUAGUAGUUAGUACAUACACAUAUACAUAUAAACACUAAAAAUAAGCAUAAGCAGAUUAUUAGUUUUUAGAAGGCAACCCCUAACAACAAGUCGCAAACAACAAGCGACGAACCAGCAACAGAAACUUUUUUAGCUAAAGCAAGAAACUGCAACAAGCAAACAUUUUCAAACAAAAAUACAAAAACAAAAAGGAGAACAAAAAUACGAAUAUUUAAAAGAAAACAAUAAAUUUCUGUUGGUGGUAAUCACAAUGAGGAGGAGAGCAAUUGUAAACAUUUUUCUAGUAAUUAUAAGCGCAAAAAUAUGUAGAGAGCGGCAAAUGCUGUUAAAUCCAAUUAAAAACAAAAUUUAUGUUUAAAGCUAAAAUGAAAUGCAAAAUAUUUAGGGCGUGUAAACGAGUAUAACUAAUAAUUAAAUUUUGUAUUGUAAUGAAAAAAAAAAAUUAAACGAAAUAAUAAAGUGGUGUGCGUGUGCGAUUUUACGCAUUUUAAGCAGCUGGAGUGGGAAACACUACAGAAACACACACACACACGCGCGCACACACACCACACCACGCCUACCCAAAAGUGACUCGUAAGGAUUAUGUGUUGAUUUUAAAAAAUAUAUAAACUAAUGCAACCUUUGUAUUAAAACUUGUCUUAUAUAUAUGAAAAAAAAAACAAAAACAAAAAAAUUGCAUUGUACAAAAAACAGAAUUGAAAAUGUAAAAGCAAAAGCGAAAGCAGUCUACUGAAAAGUGAAAAAUAUGUAAAAUGUAAAGUUGCAAAACUGAUGUAACAUUGAUGUAAUAUUCAACAAAAAAUUGUAAACAUUGUAUUCUAUUGUAAACACUGUAUGUAAAAUUGUCAGUCGCUGCAGUUGCUGAGUCGAGCGAUGCGCCGCCGCUGCAUGAUUGAUUGGUGGCCGUUUGCUGGCUCCCGUGCACGUUCGCCGGCAACUGCUGCGUAUUCGUUUAACCAUUUGUAUGCGCGUACUCAUCACAACGUCGUAUGUAUGUAUGUACAACAAAAGGUUUUGUGUAAAAUUUUGUAAAGAUGAAAACUAAAAACAAACUAGGAAAAAAGCAAGAAAAAAUAAUUAUAAAAAAUAAAAGCACUUGAGCAAAAAUGAAUACCCAAAAA